GCGCGAAGAUCUCCAGCGCUCUCUUCAUUCUGGACUCGGGAGACUCAAGGGCCAGCCCUGGGAGGAGACGCCCCGACGCACGGCUUCUGUUGGUAGAGCACUGCGGUCCGCCCUUCGGUUUGUCCCAAGCUUUGGCACGUUCCGGGUUUUGGCACCAACAGUACUGGAGCACGCGCGUCGUUCAGCAGCCGUCCAGCAGUGACCUCGUGUGGAUGGGCUCUCACCCUAUCAUACCCCACAGAGCCCUCACCGCCUGACGCCGGCCAUGCGCGCGAAGCUGCUGUCACUGGCCGGUCUCUACCUGGUGCAGGGCCUGCCUUAUGGGCUGCAGUCUGGCCUGCUGCCUCUCCUAAUGCGGGCCCGCGGCCUCUCCCUCUCUCGCGUGGGGCUGACCAAGGGGCUGUAUGCACCGUGGCUCUUCAAACUGGCAUGGGCACCGCUGGUAGACAGGCGGGGCUCCCCGCGGGCCUGGCUGGCGCUCAGCACAGCAGCGCUGGGCCUGGUGUGUGCGUUGCUGGCCGCGCUGCCUCCCGUCCCGUCUGGCCAGGUGGGGCUGCCUGCCAUCGUGGUGGGCCUGCUACUUCUACUGAACUUGGGAGCGGCUGUGCAAGAUGUGGCCCUGGACACACUGGCCAUACAGCUCCUGGAGCCAGCCGAGCUGGGGCCCGGCAACACUGUGCAGGUGGUCGCCUACAAGCUGGGAUCAGCGCUGGCUGGGGGCGGGCUGCUGGCCCUCUUGCCCAGUCUCUCUUGGCCACUGCUGUUUCUACUCCUGGCUGCCACCUACUGGCUAGCUGCAGCCCUGGCCUGGGCUGCACCAGUCCUACACCAGGUGCCCUGGCCUCAACCCUCAGAGCACACUCCACGCCACCUGCAAGAUUUGCUGGCUGUGCCUGGGACCCUGUGGACGGCAGGCUUUGUGCUCACCUACAAGCUGGGUGAGCAGGGUGCCAGCAGCCUGUUUCCACUUCUCUUGUUGGACCAUGGUGCUUCUGCCUCUGAGCUGGGGCUGUGGAGUGGCUUGGGUACGGUGGCCUGCUCCAUUGCUGGCUCUUCCUUAGGCGGGGCCCUACUGACCAGGCACUGGCAGCUGUUGCCUUUGCUGAGGUUAGUGCUGCAGCUUCGUCUGGGAGGCCUGGCCUGUCAAACUGCCCUGCUCUUCCACCUGGACACUCCAGGGGCCAGUUUAGGCCCUGGCACUGUGCUAAGAGGAGCUGCCUUGCUGAGCCUGUGUCUGCAGCACUUCCUGGGGGGCCUGGUCACCACCACCACCUUCACUGUAAUGAUGCACUGCAGCCAACUGGCACCCAGAGCCCUACAGGCCACACACUAUAGCCUCAUGGCCACGCUGGAGCUGUUGGGCAAGCUGUUGUCGGGCACCCUGGCUGGAGUGCUGGCUGAUGGCAUGGGUCCAAAUCCCUGCUUUGGUGUCUUUCUUGUACUCUCAGCCCUGCCCCUUCUGGAUCUGGACCUAGCACCUAGCACCUUCAGCUGAGCCGAGCAGCAGGACUACAAAGUAUGCCAUUGCUAAUGCCUAUCUUGAAUAUGUGAGAUGCAGUUGUCCUGAGGUGGACAGUGGCCUCCUCCCAAAGCAGAGCCCAUAAAGCAACUCGAACACUUUUAUUCUGUAUAUA